CCUCGUGUUUGCCCUUGGAUUGAAGAAUGACUGCAGCCAAAUUACAUUUCCUUUACUUAUGAUGCGUUUCAAACAAUCGUUCACAAGAAGACCAAGUUGUGGACUUUAUACAGGAAACCUUGACAGAUAGUAAAACAUGCCUGGAUCAGCUAGUAUGAGUGAGAAUUAUAAACACUUCCCCACAGAUGUUGGCAUUGUUGCCAUUGAUGUCUACUUUCCGUCCCAAUAUGUUGAACAGGCAGAGUUGGAACAAUAUGAUGGCGUUUCCACAGGAAAGUACACCAUUGGUCUGGGACAAGACAAAAUGGGUUUCUGUACAGAUCGCGAGGAUAUUAACUCUCUGUGCCUCACUGUUGUGGAGCGUUUAAUGCACAAACUCGAGGGUCACAUAGGAUAUGAAAGUAUUGGUCGCGUGGAAGUUGGAACAGAAACAAUUGUAGAUAAAUCAAAGAGUGUGAAAUCCGUGCUGAUGCAGUUGUUUGAGGAGAGUGAGAACACAGAUUUAGAAGGAAUAGACACGACAAAUGCAUGUUAUGGUGGAACUGCUGCUCUAUUCAACGCCAUCAACUGGAUUGAGUCUAGUUCAUGGGAUGGACGUUAUGCUCUCGUGGUUGCGGGAGACAUAGCUGUGUAUGCGACAGGGAAUGCACGAUGUACAGGUGGGGCAGGAGCAGUAGCUAUGCUAUUGGGUGAUUAUGCCCCACUUGUAUUUGACAGACGUGCACGCGGAAUCCACAUGCAGCAUGUGUAUGACUUCUACAAGCCUGAUUUAGCAUCAGAGUAUCCCGUAGUGGACGGCAAGCUGUCUGUACAGUGUUACCAACACGCCCUGGACAUGUGUUACGAACGCUACAGUAGGAGGGCGAAGGAAGAAGGGUUCAAAGUGGAAAGCAGUUUGAUAGACAUAGCUGAUGGUCUCCUGUUCCACUCACCCUAUUGUAAACUUGUCCAGAAGUCUUUUGCCAGGGUCAUGGCCAAUGAUUUCCUUACUGACAAAAACCCCGACUUCCAAGGCCGCUAUGCUGGUUUGGAAGAUUUCAGAGACAUACAGCUAGACCAAUGCUAUUUUGACAAAGAGGUGGAGAAGGCCUUCAUGACUGCCAGUAAGCCUCUCUUUGAAGAAAAGACACGACGGUCAACACUACUUGGCAACCAAGUGGGAAACAUGUAUACCCCAUCACUGUAUGGCGGCCUGGUGUCUCAUCUUAUGAGUCACACCAUUGAAGAGCUGGCAGGUCAGAGAAUUGUCUUGUUCUCUUAUGGGUCUGGAUUAGCAGCCUCCAUGUUCUCUCUGCGUAUCUCUGAGGAUACAUCCAAGUUCUCAGCUUUACAAGUACUGUACUCCUGCCUCAGUGAUGUCAAACCUCGUUUGGAAAGCAGGCAGAAGAGCUCUCCAAAAGAAUUUGAUCGCAUCAUGAAACUUAGAGAGGACACACAUAAUAAAGCUCCCUAUGUACCUGUAGGAUCUACAGACACCCUUUUCCCUGGGACAUGGUACCUAACAGGAAUAGACAGCAUGCACCGCAGAUCAUAUGCCAGAGUGCCAGCAUCGCCAACCAAAGUGACAAAUGGUCAAACCAUGUCAACUGUUGAACCCACACCAAUGGACACUACAAAACAGAGGAAGCGAAAGACUGAGGAUGAAACAGGAUGUAGCUCAGUGAAAAUGUCUUCUCCUAUCAGUAUGACUGAUGAUUCCUCCCUGGUUACAGUCGCUAGUGUCAUCUCCCCUUCUGCCAUAUUUGAGGCUUCAGUUGCGAAACAGUCAUCCAUACUCGAAGCCUCCAGUCAGUCAGGAGUCACAGCCAAGCUAUCGCAGUCUUGACGUUGACUUUCACAAUAGUGGACAUUUUUAUUAAUAUAAGCUAUAUAGUAUGUAUAUUAAAUGAUUUCUGUGUUACAAUGUCCUUUUCCACAUCGGUGUAAGGCCUUGUGCACAAUGAUCUGUUGCUAUGUUUUACCAAUUGCAAGUUAGUGUAAGUAACAUAACAAUCACAUUGAAGAAGAGAUAACAUGGGAAGGUCAUGUCCAGUUCUCCUUGUAUGUAUGUAUGCUUUUUGUCACAGGUCAGAUAUGAUAGAGAAUUUUAUCUUUUUCAUUUUAUUAAAAAGGAACAUAGCAAGCCUGAACAUGUAUCAUUGUUUAUUAAGUUUAAGAAUAAGAUAAUCUUAUGUGAAUAUAACACAGACUCAAACAAAUACUGUGUAAUAAAUGCAUAGAGGAACUUAACCUCUGUCUGUGUAAUACUGAAUUCAUCAUUCAAAUCAAGUCUUAAGGUGGGUAAUAUAUCAAAUUAUGAAUUCAGUAUGGCAUAGCCACUAGUAUGAGAUUCUGUUUUUUAAUGUACUAGGCUUGCUGAUGUUCUAUCAAUUGAUUUCUAUAAAGUUUUGCAAUAAGGUCGAGAUUUGACUGAUAUAGACCAGGGUAAUAUAUGCGUUUGAUGGCAUUUAAAGGUAUUGCACAUGUUGUUGUUUACUAGUAUCUGAUCUAUGUAUUUAACAAUGAUAACAUCAUGGCACAACACUUUCCUAUUUUUUGUUGUAACACUGAAUCCCUUCCUCUGUUACAUGUCUUCAUUUUAUAAGUCUUUACGUACACAGGGACUUGAUACAAAUUCCCAACCCAUGGUCUAUAUAAGUAUGUAUCAUAGUGAAUAUUACACUUAUGUAUGGACGGUGGGUUAGAAAUUUUUGUCAAGUCCCCGUGAUCACAUAGUAUAUAUAUUCAAGUUAGUACCAAAUUGCAUGACUUUAAAAAUUGCCAGUAAUUAUGAAUUCCUAAACCAUUGUACAUAUUUGCAGAUUUUAUUGUUAUGAAUCUGUUAAGUUUAAUUAAUGUUUAAUAUAUGUUUGUUUGUUUUUUAAGUAUAAGUAGUAUCAGUAGGUACUACGUUCAUGAUCAGUAUCAGUUUGAUGUGAACAGUAAUUUAUUACAUAGAAAAUUAAUGUGAUUUUUUUGCUUUUGUAAGUGACUUUAAUUAUUGUGAUUACAUUUUAGAAAAUUCUAUUUAGUUUACUUCCUAGGCAAGAAAAUCAAUUAUGAAUCAAUUUUUGGUGGGUGAAAACAAUGACUAGUAAAUAAAACUUGUGUUUUAUUCUGUUAAAAUUCUGGUAAUGAGAUGAUGGAUGAAAUUAAUGAAAUUUGACUAUGUAUUUAAAACUACAUAACUAUGUUAUAUCCUUAAUGAUUUUUUUUUUUAAUCCAUAAAGAAAUUUGAAAUACUAAAACCUGAAAAAGUUUGUGGACGCAAAUUUUUCUACAGGAAAAUUUUAAUUAUUGGGUUGUUGUUAAUGAUGAAACAUUCUAAAGUUUGUAGAAUAUUACUUGCCAUUUAGUUUGUUUGGAUAGUCAUCAUGGUGCUUAUCAAUCUCUUUUAUAUUUUUUGUAUCUGGUAUGUUUUGUAGAAGUUUUUUUUUAGAUUUUGUUGUUAAUUCAACAAAUUUUUUGGUAAGUAGCUUUUGUGGGGAACAAGAUUUUUGUAAAGUGAUUGUUUCCAAGUGACCUUACUUAUCAUGUGCUUGAGGCUUUGACUAUAACACAAUGUUAUCUUAUAUGUAUGUAGCUUUAUAUAGAACUGUAUAAAUAUGUUUAAUCAACAGUGUGAAAAAUCUGGUAGAAAUAAUAAUUAUAACACCAGGAAGACACUGAAAUAUUUAAAGAAAUACUCUAUUUAUAUGAAGACAAAUAACCUGGGAUUGGUUCGGGUUCUGAGUUUUGCCAGUUCUAUGCAGUUCUCACCAUUUUUAAUUAUCGGUAGACUGAUUCAGUUGUUGCCAUGUAAAGUUAAAAAGAUUUCGAUGAAUUCUUACUUGAAAUAACAUCUGAAGUGUGAUUCUCCAAAACACAAAUGUUUACGUUUUGAAAAUAAAUGUUGGUUCAAAUAAUACACAGUAUAUUCAAUAUCACAUAAUAUGUUAAAAUUGGUAUUAAGAUUUUUAAAAGCAGCUGGAAACACAAGUUUCAUUGUUUAUUGAAUUUAAAUCCAUUCACCAGUUUUAUCAGACAUUUUGUUUCCUUCAUUGUAAUUAUAUAGGUGUUUUACCAACAGAACACAAACGAAACUUUGUUGAAAUAUAUCUACCAUGUAAAAAUAUUUGGUGCAAAGCACAGUUUGAAAAGUGAUGUUAUACUUUUGUGUAAACAUGCUUUUAAAAUGUUCCACACACAGUCCUGUUUAAUUCUUUCUCGUUUCUUAAAUAUAUACACAUCUUCAAUUUUUUUUAUUUAUGAAGAAACUAUUAUAUUGGAGCUAUUAGUGGCACCAUGGGAGGGAGGGAGGAGUAUGUAGGAGUGUGGUGUGGGAAGAAUGAUAGAACUUCAACAAAGAUUGAACAUAUGUAGAAAAGUUGACACAAAAACAAUAUAUGGAGUGUGGAGGGAGGUAUGUUAAAAGGAAUGAAAUUUUGUAGAAAAAAUGAAAGAAAACAGGAUGAUAAAACAUGAUAUGAUAGAAAAAGAGAUGUGUGAAUGUGUAUGGAAAGGAAGUUUGAAUAGAACCUUCUACAGUACCACCCAGAAAUGCAUUUAUAGAAAUUGAGUUCUACCAAUUGAGAAUAAACCUGUAGUGUUUCGCUUGCAAAACCUGGAUUUUCGUCCUGUGAUAGUUGGUGUUUUAUCGCUUUAAGGAGAAAAAGAAGUGUGUUUUGUGAUAUUUGUUGGUAAUAUGAUUCAGACAAAUCAGUAUACUUCGAAGUCCUAACAUUAAACCUUCUUAAAUUGA